UUAUCUUCAACAUUAUUUUUGUGUUUAUACCGUUUAUACCUAAACAACAGUACAAGGAACUUUAAAACGUAGACGUGAUUAAAUGUGAACGUAUUGAUCUGUCGCGUGUUCUGCCGUGACUUCGCACUUCGCCAUCUUCACCUUUUUUAAGUCUGUGUUCUUAAGUUCAGCUGCCGGACCCACCACAGAGCAGUUAACAAUGGUAGGAAGGGUUUUAUCGACCAGGCUGCUGAGGAUCGGCCAGAUUCAGAAUGUGGCUAAUAUGUCCACCGGUCACUUUUCUUGGGAUGAAGUCAACAAAAUUGGGGAUCGUGAGGUCGUUUGCCAUGGGCUGAAUGGUAAUGCCAACUAUUUCGAUCGGCCAGAUUAUCCCAUGCCGGCAAUUCGCUUCAAGGAGAACACCUCUGAUGUACAGGCUCUUAGAGAGAAGGAGAAGGGAGAUUGGAAGAAGCUCUCAAUAGAGGAAAAAAAAGCUCUUUACCGAGCUAGCUUUUGCCAGACUUUUGCAGAGAUGAAUGCUCCAACUGGUGAAUGGAAAGGUGUUGUUGGUUGGGGCUUUUUCGGUGUUACUCUUGCGAUCUGGAUUUAUAUUUACAUGAGAAAAUUCAUUCUACCACCACUACCAAUCACUUUUGACGAAGAACACCAGCUUGCCCAACUAGAUCGUAUGUUAAAACUCGACAUCAAUCCGAUCGAGGGUAUCAGUGCCCGUGCCCGUAAAUAAACGAGCAAUCAUUACUAUAUAGUUAUUAUGAUUACAGUAGUAAAAGCGUGGCUGUACCAAAAGAAUUCUGUACAUACCCUUAUAUGACAGACAGGGAAUUAAUAAAAAUCAUUUAUAAUUA